AUGCCAGCACCGAUGGGCUGCACAGUGGCCCAUCGCUUGAGGUCAUCAUGGAGGUCAGUGCUGGUGACACUGCACACAGCGCACACCACAAGUGCACUGGCCAGCAGCAUGCUUGUGACAGUGCCCCAAGCCGCCAGCCGCACGGAGAUACCGAGGCUGUGGCCCGGGCCACUGCACCAGGAUGCUCUGAAGUACCCAGAGGCCAACCGCGCGACAAGCUGUGACGAGAUGCUGGCGGUGUUGCCCUGUCCACACACCCGGCACCAUAUCCAACAGGCGGUAAGACACGGGGGUGCCAGCGAGGCCCAUCUGCAGAAUGAGGCAGACCUCCGUUUGCGCUGUGCUGGAGCCCCAAUAGCAGACCUGCAGCCCAGCCGGGUCAAACACUGCGUGUUGACUCGGAUGAAGAUGCUGCAGUGCCUUCAGGACAGCCCAAACCGUAUUGCCAGCAACUGCAGAGAAGCCCGAGACACUUCACUAAUCACAUGCCCACAUUGGCAGGCGCUUACCGGUGCUUCAGGACAAGCCUACAUUUUCUACGUGAUCGCGGUUUGGUUGUGA